AUGAGUUCUGGGAGUGAUUACGACGUGAAAUUCAGUACGCCAACCGCAUCAAGCGCGAUACCAAAGAGCGCGGGCGAUAAAAGCCACUGGGUGAGAGAUGAGGGAGGUAACGGGGAAGCGACGGGCUUUGUUAAUCCAUGGGAAAGCUCUCGCGUAUUGUCUUUUCCAGCACUAUUCAGGGCCAUGAUCCAGCACAAAUUCUUCUCUGGAGACAGCCAGAGGCCUGAUACUACCUCAUCAACUGUACCUGUCGUCAAACCAAACUUCCUCUCUUCUAGAAAUGGAUGCCAAGCUCUUCGUGCAACAUGGCUAGGUCAUGCCUGUUACUUCGUUGAGUUCCCAUCUGGCCUACGGUUUCUCUUUGAUCCCGUAUUCGAAGAACGCUGUUCUCCGUUCUCCUGGAUAGGCCAUAAAAGGCUCACACCCAAGCCCUGCGACAUCUCCGAUAUUCCGACCAUUGAUUGUGUUAUCAUAAGCCACUCUCAUUACGAUCAUCUUUCGCAUCCCACUAUCCUUGAAAUCCGAAAAAUUCACCCUUCGGCCCAAUUCUGUGUCCCAAAGGGUCUCAGAAAAUGGUUCGCAGACUGCGGUAUCAAGGACGCUAUCGAGCUCGACUGGUGGGAGGACGUCAACCUCAAGUUGCUCAAAUCAACCAGAGAGGAUGUUGUUGAGGCUAGAAUCUCAUGCCUCCCUUGUCAACAUACAUCUGCGCGUACUCCUUUUGAUAAAGCAGCCACAUUGUGGGCUUCUUGGUCUGUUUCUUCAGGUGGCAAGUCAGUGUACUUCGCAGGUGACACUGGCUAUCGCGCGGUCCCGCAUUUGCCUAAAGACGUUGAUGACUGGGGAUCAGAUUUCGCUCAUCUGGCCGUCUGUCCUGCUUUCAAACAAAUUGGCGAAUUACGAGGACCAUUUGAUCUGGGCCUGAUACCAAUAGGAGCGUAUAAGCCACGACAUGUUCUAAGUUCCGUGCACUCGAAUCCGUAUGACUCCGUUGAGAUUUUCAAGGAUACUCAAUGUAAAAAGGCGAUUGGAAUUCACUGGGGGACUUGGGCCGUGGCGGAAGAGGAUGCGAUGGAACCACCACAUUUACUGAGGAAAGCACUCGCUAAAAGCGGACUUCCUGAGACUGGGGUAUUUGACGUGUGCAAUAUUGGGGAGAGUAGGGAGUUCUGA